AUGAAAGGAGAUUACGUGUUGCUGGCGUUUAUUGUGACUUUUCAGGGUGACAGUCAGUCUAUUGCUACCACCCCACCACACUCGAGUUGGCAGGAAGAACUGCUAAGUCAGAGCAGCAGCGGGACUCAGAUUUCAAUUGCCAGUGGGAUCUCGUUGGGAGAAGCGAUCCGACAGCGAUCUGCCAUCAAUCAGGGAAUGGAACCGUGGUAUCAGCUCCCAGUAGAAGCGGAUGCCAGCCAUCUCACGGCAGCAUUGGGCACGAGAGUGGACUUGACCACAGGUGAAAACAACCUGACCGAGUUCCCGACCUUAGAGGAGGGCUCGUUGACGCUGACAGAAGAGGCUGGGACGCAGUAUGAAGAUGUGACGCACAACCCACUGCCAGAAAUUCAGGACAGUCGCUUCUCUCCCCGUUUCCCACUGUUGAUGACCUAUGCUACACCGGGUCAAAGGCUUUUGGAUGAAACCCUGUUUCAGCAAACCGAUCUGAAUUUUGCUCCGCUAAGAGGAACCCCUGAUGUUUCUGGUGCUUCUGAGCAGCAUUUAAGACCUUUGCAGAUCAGUGAAGCUGUGCAGCUGGCAGCCACCGAAGUAACCUCACAUUCAGACAGCGGCACGCUGUCCCAACAUCCACUUGCAAUCAGUGCAUUUGAACCUUACGGUGUCAACUGUAGCAGCUAUGUAUCUCAGCCCCGACUUUCCUCGUCUGGACAGAUAACUGUGGAGAGGAAGCAGGCGGCUGAAGGUCAAGAUUGUAAAUCUGACUUCAGCGUCACGGAUUUGCUCCCUAAAGAAGGUGGCGAAGAUUUAACAACCCUGACUUCAAAAACAUUGCAAAAUGAUUCAGCUAAACCACAGCAGUCAGAAACUCCUUUUGCAACGGAGGCUAAAAGUGCUUUUGUAAAUGAUGAUCCCUUCUUUCUGGACAGCAGAGUUCCAGCUCCUGCUCUCCUCGAGUUGCUGGAGAAAGAAGUAGGCGUAACCAGCCAUGGUGGCUUCUCAUCUUCUUCAGAGAACUCCUCGUGCAAGAGUGUUUCGACUAAAGAACCAGAGAAAAAUAAAACAAGGCAGCAAGUGGAAAACACAGAUCUGGCUGAGAGCGAGUCAAAAGCAUUAGAAAAAUAUCAAGAGUUACAUCAGCAGCUGGAAGAAGGAAAGAGCACUUCUGAGCUUGGUUCUUCUAAGAUGUCUGAACCCCUUCAAAACACUAAUGCCAAAGGUGCAUCUUCUACAAAGUCUACCGAAAUGUUCAUGUUGCCUAAGGGGCACAGCGCAGGUUUGAGCAACUCUGCUCGGCUGCAAUUCUCCGGUGUUACUAGAGAGCCUCGAGGAGCUCUUCUGGCCGAGCAGCCAAAGCAGCUGUGUCCUACAGUGAUGUCUGAGCAACGCAAAGAGGAACCUGCCCCUGCUGUAGUAAUGACGAAUCUCAGGGGCAAUCAGCCUCACCUGUCAAUCACGACUAAUGCAAAAUCUCCUUCACUCUCCAGUGAAAAGGAGAUGUCUGUUGUGGAAAUCCAGGCUGGAGUUAGUGGACGUGAAUCAACUCUUUCGGAUGUUAUCAUAGAGAGAGGACACAAAGACGCAGGAAUUUCACCUUCAUUUAACCUUCCCCCAGGUGAUGGCUCCUUCUGUGGAUAUCUGGCCUGUCCAACCUAUCAGUCCACCCCAGGGUUAUUUUUAGGCAGACAUAUGAAGGAGGAAGUACCUGGCAUGGUUAUCCCAAUCAAAUCAAGCCUUCAGGCCUCUCUUACAGGCUUAAAUGAAGAAACUUCUGCGAAGUCUUCUGCCAGCACACUUACACCUUCUGUCAAGAAGUGUCAUGCACCCACAAAUGGGCAGGAAGAAAACAGAGAGUCGUUAGGAACAGCCUAUCCGUAUACGGGGAGAAUUCAGUCUCUGCCUUCACUUAGUUUUAUGGAGAAAGUCGGGGCUUGGAACGUGAGCCAGUCGGCGGAGAAGAUGUCUGAUGCUUUGGCUUUACACAGCCUGGGUGGAGUUUCUCCCAGGAAGCAAGCAUACAGCACGAUUGCAGAUUCCUUAAACCAUAUUUUAUCAAAGCAGAACAACAGCGGUAACCUCAAGAGUGGUCUAGCUGCAUCCUUUGGAGGAGAAGCAGGUUCAAUGACAAGCUUGCAUUUCUGUGACACAAAAUCGACACAUGCUGCACCUCUUGCUCGGUCGCAGUCUGACCAUUCGGUCAAUGUAAUUAGCAGGGAAGCUUCACAGACUGAAGUUCAGGUAACAAAUCCAGAGGAGGUGGGUCAGCCUACAGCAGGCAAGAGCAGUGAUUUUGCCAUGCCUGCACUUAAAAAAAGUGAAGAAAGCUUAGUAGACUACACGAGCCAAAAAUUUAAAGCUGUCCUUGUCAGUGCUGGGUCCAGUGAUGACGAACAUGAUGAUGAAGAAAAUAGCAUGGGGCAAAGUUCAGACCAAAAUGUCUUAAUUUCCAGUGAAAGGGUUGCCCAGCUUCUGAGACAGGAAGGAUGCGAUCCAAAUGAUAAGGAGAAGAAAUACAGUCGUCAAGAAGAUGAGCCUAGACAGCUGCAUGGCCCAGAGCACUCUACGGGCCAUAUCAGCAUGGACAAUUUCAGUGAUAUUUCUCCAGAUAGUUUGAACCUCCUGGUGAGUUCUCAGGCCAGUAGCCAGGUUGACCUGACUUCGGUAAGCCCCUCUUCAGUAGUUUCCAAGCACUUCUUCAACAAUUCAGAAGAAGAGAACUUCACCCCUUCUUGGGCUCCUGCUUGGAAACCUCCAGAUGAAAAAGAACUAAAUAUUGAAGAAAGGAUACCAACCUAUCUCCGUAAUCUUGGCAUUGACCAAUCACCUUCAAGUAUACUGACUCCGUUUGCACCCAGAGGUCCAAUCAGAGAGGUUGAAUUUUCCCCGUCCGAGCUCAGAACAUUGAAGGGGUCCACUGACACGCUAACAAAGCACGUCCAGCUAUCUGAAGGAGGCUCUCUGUCUGCUGUCGACAUCACACAGACCAGCUUUAACUCGGGCAGUUCGACUCUCAGUAUGUCAAUAGCAAUGGGCUCGGAUGGUGGACCUGAUACUCCAGUACCUAUCGAACUCUCACCUCAGUAUUCAAGAUCUUCGAAAGACAAACCAUUGAGUCAGUGCAGUACUGCUGCCUACCCCCAACUACAACUGCUUACUCCUCUUCCAGAUGAAGGCAGCUUGAAGUCUUCAGUUGCCCCCAGAUUAGUUGAGCCAAGGCAGCAAUUACAAGCCGUUGCCUCCGAUUUCCACUCGGAUGAAGAAGAUCCUAUGCUUGUUUCAAAGCACGUUCAAGAGCUGAUCGAUAGAUGCGACUCAAGGGAUAUUAGUAGCAGCCUAGAGAAGUUGUCUACCAGUUCGUUGGCUGAGGAUAUCGGUGAAAUGGAAGUAAAAGGAGAACUACUCUCUUCAAAUGCAGUUGCCUCUGAAAAUGAGCUAAACAAGGACCAAGGAAACAAUCCUUUCAUUGGAUCCAGCACGUUGAAAGAGAUCCAGAAGCUUUUAGCAGAGGCAGAGAAAAUGACUCUGAGUCAGUUUGAUCCUGUCCCUUCUCUUACCCCCUCCAGAGAAGUCACUGACCCUUCACCGGCGUCAAUUAAAAAGAAGGAUGGUGUUGAAGAUUCCCAAUUAGUGAGGGACGACAGCCCAGCGCUUGAAAGGCUGUUGUCCCGGGAUGAAACGUUGACCCGAAAGAGCAUGCAAGAAGAUAACUCGCUAAUGAAGACUCUCCAUUCCUGCAAGGACAGUUUAAAAUCGGAAGGAGCACUUGCUGGCAAUUUACCUGUCAGUCAAGAAACUGCAGAACGGCAGACUAGACCAGCAGAGAAAAUAGCUGGUGAAGAUUUCAGGGUGGCAAAACCUGUUGGAAGGUCUGAGCCAGAGGGCUGCAGUAGUGCAACCACAGAUAAAAACCUGCUUGCUCCUCUGGCUGUUAUGAAGAGCGCUACAAGUAGUGAAUCAAGCAUCAGAAAGGUUUUUGAACUGGAAGAUCCUCCUACUGCAGCGCCGCUCCGGACCGGUGCCACUGUCCUCGGGGACUGCCAGCACGGCUCAUCUCAAGCUAGUUUAGCUGGCAGCAAGGAGGGGGAUGUCAUUCAAGGGAGUGAUGACAGUAGCAGCUUAGAUUCACUAGCUGCCCGUGUCAGAAGCCUUCUGAAAUACAAAUCCCCGGCAAUACACGCAACGCAAAUCCUGAAGAGCGUAGAGGAAGACGAGAAAAAAGCGCGAACCUGGGUGAAGCUGAAACUGGCUAGCCAACCCCACGGCUCCUUGCCAGAUCUGAAUGAGGAGGACAGGAAGCGCAUAGAAGAAAUCAAGGCAGAGCUGCUUUUGAGUGCCAGGAAAUCUGCAUUAGCCAAGGAUUCAUGGGGAAACAGCUCAGACAUUAUACCCAAUCACAGCCAUAAUCAGAAGCACUACCCUGAACAUUUCCACUCUCCACAUAGCGAACAGAUGCAAAUUGACAACCAGAUGCAGGAUGUCGAACUUGAGCCUUCAGAGUCGUAUGGAAGAUGGGUCAUGCCAGUAUAUACAACUGACUCACCUGAUUAUUCACUGUCGAGUAAUACACAGUUUAAAGCUUUGGAUACCUUCCAAGCACAAAUCCCAAACCAGCUUCACACCCUGGCAACUAAUCCCUUUGAUAUCAGUAUUGAGCUUACCCCCUUGCGUAAAGGUGUGGAUGCAUGUUUGAUGGGAUUGGUGGAUGCCUCUAAUGCACAAACAGAAGAGGAAGUGCCUUUUCCAGCUCAGAAGAAGCUAUCUGUAGAAAAACCACCUGCAGAAAUUGCUAAACAGAUUACCUCCAUCACAUUUGCAUCCAGAAAACGUUCUCCGUCUCCUGUCCUUGGUACUAGCCUCACUGAAGAUGCUCUUCGUGGUGUAAUACCCUUGCAAGAUGGAUCUACUAGCACUGAAAAGCAGCGACUUGAAAAGCGACAGCUAGAAACUUCUCAGUCGUGUCCUUCAAGUCCAACAGCCACUUGCAGUCUAGCUAGUGGUGUUAAGCCUACUGCAGACCAAGACAGUUUUCAGCAUGUGGCCACUGGUGUUGCCAAACCUGGAGCUCAUCAAGGGAAAGACCAAGCCCAAGAGUCUAAAUCCAUAUAUCCUGACCCAUGUUUCAGCCUUGUGGCAACUAGUUUUGAAGCAGCUCAGACUUCUGUUCAAGAUGCUGUUGGGUUGGGCAGGCUUAAUGCCAGACUUUCUGUGGCUGAUUGUGAUAAGAAAUUUAAUCAAGAAUCAAAUACAUUGAGUGAACCCGUUCCCAUAAGUUUUUAUCAGCCAGGAAAGAUGAGUCCUUCCAGCCAAGCCCAGUUUACAGAAGGUCCGGUUUAUAGCCCACAAGCUCAUUUGCUUAAAGGCCAUAAUAAUUUGUUAGAAAAGGAGGAUAAGCUUCCAUUUGAUAUACUCUCUCUCCAUCAGAGAGAGAUGGAGACAGGACAUAGUAACGGGAUGCACAGUCCCUCCCCAGAUCAGAUUUUGGCCACCAUGCCGGUAUCCCCUUCAUCUCCAACUAGAAAGGCUUUGUCUUGUGUCCGUAUAACUCUCUCCCCAAAAUGUGCUACUUCAGAGCCACGCGGUAACCUUAGAGCUGAAGCAGAAACAAGGUUUAACGACAGAAUUAAGAGUGAUGUUCAGCCAACACUUGUAAGGUCUCCAAAAACUUUGUUAGGGCCUGUCUCAAAGUUACCAACCGCUGAACUUGUUCCAGUGGAUCAAGGGUCUUCAUACUUCCCAAGGCCAGGAUCUUCACCACCUCCAUCUCCUGUGCAUCCCUUUGUUCCAGGCACAGCAGGACUAGCACACGAUAUAAAGCGGGUGCCCCUGGAAAGCAUCCAGAGAGUCCCCUCCUUGAGGGAGGCACACACCAGAGGUCUGGAUACAAGUGGACGUAACGUGCAGGAUAGCUUCAGGACCCUGGUUUCUGCACAGACUGGAAAAACAACAUCUGAUGCCAUUACUCAGAUCACAACAGAAAGCCCUGAAAAGACAACGUUUUCAGCAGAGAUUUAUGUUAGUACAGAAGAGGAGGAAAACCCUGCCCUCGUAUCCUCUCGCCAGAAGGCACGCAGAAUCCCCAGCCUUGCCACUUCAUCUCGCAACCAGAUUUUCUCGUCCCACAGGCCAGCUGUACGUGCAGAUCAGCCUUUACUGGUGCCGUAUAAGCCUUCUGGUAGCCGAGAGAUGUACUACGUUCCCCAUCCAAAGAAAGCACCCAGAAUAUCUCCCGUCAGGUCAGAGACCACUAUUGAGAGCUCUCACUCAGGAUCGAAUGAUGCCGUCCCUCCAAAAUUUCCAGUGAACGUACUGGGGUCAAGGGAAGAGAGUCCUCCAGACAUAGCUAUUAAACACAAAGAGGGUAUCUACAGCAAGAGGCCUGAGCCCAAGCUAGCCUGGGGAAAAGAAAAAAUGGCACCACAAGAAUCUGAUACAGAGUCUGCAAAUCCUUUGAAAGCUGUAAGAACGACCCAUUCUGUCUUCAAGUCGGCACAGUUCUACCUUCAUCAUCCAGUGCCUCUGCAGCAUGAGAAUUACUUCCUCUUAAACAGCGAGUCCUCCGAGGAGUAUCCUGAUACUGGACCCAGCGGACUUCCUUCCAGAGACUGCUUCCAGAAAACGAGAGCUUCAGAAAAGGACCAGUGCCCACCUCCUCUUUAUCGUGAAGCAGGCAAGGAAGAUGAAUUCGUACCACUAACUGCAGUAAUGGACUACAGCAAGAUUGAGGACUCCCAAUUCUGCGCAUGUCUAGGCAAUGAAGCUUCUCGGAAGGAGCUAAUAAUCCAAGAUGACAAAAGGCAGGCAGGCCAGACGAAGGCCAGAGAUUAUCCACCACAAAGCAGCCAAAUGACUGGCUUUCAAGUGAGGCCGAAGAAGGAUCUGCCACUGAAACAGAGUACCGAUUCCACUGGCAGCUUAGACGACCUCUGGGCCAAGUUUUUAGAGCGCCAAAAGAAGCACCCGCUCCCUAAUGUUCGGAGCAAUGAGCUGUCUUUAGUGGAGCGCCUUGAUCGACUAGCAAGAGUCCUCCAGAAUCCCGUUCGGCAUACCCUGAUGUCUGCAAAGGAGGAGAGCGAUUUUGGAGGGAGGACUAAGGGAAGGGAACAGAAGAAAAUCAGACUCCAGGACUGGAACGAGUCUGACGCUCAUAGGAAUGCAUUGCACGCUGAAGAAAGGCCACAGACCAGUUAUGAUAAAAAAAGGCUGGCAGAAUCACGAAAAUAUAGGGCAGGAGAAAGAACCAUCAGUCGCAUCAAGCGAAUCUUGGAACAGCAGCAGUACUCGGAUACCUUGAGUGACACCUCUUCAGAGACCAAGUCUGCUAACAACCACAGCAGGGUGGCAAUUACUACCACCUCUGAAUCGGACGUGGUGUCCCAAACAGAGACAGAAAUGGCUACUCAGACUGAGGUGAGCAGUUCCGUUUCCACCAUUGACACUGCCAGGCUGAUCAGGGCUUUUGGGCACGAAAGAGUGCGCGUGUCACCAAGACUGUCCCACCUGUAUUUUACCAUCAGUCAGCAGAAAAGUCGCUCUGACAUUUGGGGCCAGGGAAGCAGGAAAGGAAAGGGCGUGGAGUAUCCUAAAGCUACUUAUGCUGAGCUGCAUAGAAAAAGAGAGAUCCAGGUAGUCGACUGCGUUUCAUCAGACUCUGUUUCUACGGCCAGCAGUUCCUGGGGGCCCAGCUCUGCUCUCAGUACCAAGCGCCGUGCACGGAUGUUGAACAAGGGCAUCCAAGCAGGAGACUUGGAGAUUGUGAAUAGCGCAACUAAGAAAAACACGCGAGAUAUUGGUGUGACUUUCCCCACGCCGAGAUCUGGCCAGCCAAGGCCCCGGGAACCCUGGAGUAGUGCUGAUGGUGUUUACGGGGAGCCUGAUGGGCCGGUUUCACAUCUUCAAAUGCCACUAGGCAAGGGUAGACAAAAGGGGCACACGAGCAGCCUGCUAAUGGACAAGAAGACCAAAAGGAACAGGCCACAGCUACCACAAGCUGAGGAUUUAAAAUCUGACUCGAGGAAGGAGAACAGAUCCAGUUCCUUUUCUGGUCCUGGACCAUCCUGGUUUGAACCCCUGGCCAACACAAAACCCUGGAGAGAGCCUCUCCGAGAGAAGAAUUGGCAAGAGCAGCGAGGCAGCAGCCUAGUUCAACCAAUAAUCCCAGUAAGAGAUGUUGAAAACAAGCCCCCACGGUCACUUGUGAAAAUGACACUGCAGGAAGCUCUCGUGUUGCACCGCCCUGAUUUCAUCUCUCGCUCUGGCGAGCGUGUGAAGCGUCUGAAGCUCAUCAUGGAAGAAAGGAAGAUCCAGAGCGUGCUGCAGAACGAGCGCGAGGAACUGUUUAAUCCCCCUGAGAAAAGGAAGGGCUAUAAGAACGCUAGUUGCCUGCUCUCCAACAGAGACUUCCAGGUUAGACAGGAAAGGAGGACGAUUCCAAAGGGAGAAAUGGUCCAAAGAUCCAAACGGAAAGGUGGGCUUCUAGGAGCAGCCACAGACAGAGUAGGAAAACAGGGACAGAAGAGAAGGAUCUACGAGCAGCUGCCAGAGGUGCGGAAGAGGCGAGAGGAAGAGAAAAGAAAAUCGGAAUAUAAUUCAUACCGGCUGAAAGCACAGCUUUACAAAAUGAAAAUCACCAAUCGUGUCUUGGGGAGAAAAGUGCCUUGGAACUGAUCAGAACGACGAGCGUCGGUUUUUAAAGGAGGUGUAUUGCAGACGGGGAAUUCCCAGCGCCUUAUAUAUGCAGAUCAGCUGGUGAAAAUAGAGCACUCAGUAAAUAUUUCAGUAUGCAGAGUGUAGUUUGCAUUGGUCGCCGUGUCACUGUGUCUAACUAGUUUGGAUUUAUUUAUGUUUUUUAAGAAUCAGUGAUUUUUUGUGUGUGGAUAGCUGUUUUUUUAAAAGAAUAUUCUUUUUAUAAGCAAUUGGUUUCAAUAGUGUGAUCCCCUUUCCAGAUCAAUGUAGUUUGGAGGUAUUUAUAUAUGUAUUUAAGAAUCGAUGACCUGAUGUGGAUAGUCAUUUUUAUAUAUUUAUUUUUAAUACUGUUUUUAAAAGAUUUUUUUUUUGUACUUGUCCUUUUUACUUGUUUUUAUUUUCCUAGCUCCACGGGGAAGAAUUAUUUGUAACGUUUUUGUAUUGCUGAAAAAAUAAAAAAAUGA